AUGGAUUCCAAUCCAGAAUGCAUUCAGCCUGCGGACUGGCAGACUGGUAAAGCUGUGCCAGUCUUCCUUCUCCACGAUGGAGGCGGCACAACAUUCUCAUACCACUGUUUGGAACCUCUGAAACGUCCUGUAUACGGCAUUUAUAACCCCAGCUUCCACAGUGGUGAGCCCUUUGACGGAGGGCUCAAAGACAUGGCCAAGCUUUACACACGCUGGAUCAUCGAAACUGUCGAGAAGCCCGACUUUCCCAGGCAGUACAACUCGGAUGGAAAGAUCCCAAUACUUCUCGGCGGAUGGAGCAUGGGUGGCCACUUGAGUCUCGAGAUCGCCAAGCAGCUUAACCCCGAGGAUACUGAGAUCCGAGUCAUCGGUAUCCUUAUGGUUGAUACAGUUUACCCGCUCAAAUACUCGAGCAACAACCGUAGGAGACCGGGCGAAGGUGCAGAAAGCAGGAACAAAAAUCAGAUCCUCGCUGACAUUGCCAUGGCCGAUGCUCGCCGCAUGAUUCAGUCUUGGGACCCUCCGAUCUGGGAUGAGGACUCUAUAGGAGAGAGGCCCCGAAUUUCUCUGCUCCGAGCCAAAGAGGCCGUGCCAUUCAAGGACGGCGAAAAGAAUCUUGUGGACAUGAGCCGCGAGGAGCGAAACCUUGGAUGGGAUUCGUAUGACAAGAAUCUAUUCUCCGAAGUGGUGGAUAUUGAUGGUCAUCACUUUGAAGUGUUUGCAUUCAAGUUUAUUGAAGAUAUCUCUGAGAAGAUGAGGGAGUCACUUGAUGGUUUGGAACGUGCUUCUCGAAGCUGA